CCGGGUAGAAACAGCAACUGGGACGGCUGCAGUUCUGAGUUGCCAGGAUGGGAGCGGUGGAUUGUCACUGCCAUCUCGCGGCACCCGAAUUUCAGAGGGGCUGAUAAGGAUGCAGAAUUCUGAAUGACUUCUAAAUGGGUACAGUGAAUACUGAAAGCAACAGAAGAAGAAUCUAUAAAAGUUCUAGCCAAAUUAUGCCAGCAUAUCUGGAUAAAGACACAGUUGUCAACAGAUUGGAAGAGGUCAAUCUACGUUCCAAUACCAAAGAAAACAGGACAUUGAAAGUGUAUUGGAAGAUGCCAAAAAGUCUAAAGUUUUGGCCCUGGUAGUAGUUGCGGAACAUUCUGGAGAUUUCACAAAAAUUAUUCAACUUUCAGAAAGCACUGAGGCACAGCAACAACAAUGGCGCUAGUGGAAUCAAUUCUUAAACAUUUAUCAGGACACUCCUGCCUAGACUGAUAUUCGUUUGCACAAAACAAAGUUGCAGUUGUUUUCAGGUGAUACUCAGAAAAGGAAUGCAUUGAAAAUGUAUCCAGGAUUUAUUUUUCCAUGCUUAGGCAUCCAUCCAGUUCAAAGUACUCCAGAUGGAUGUGAACGCAGUGUUACUUUAAAGGAUCUAGAAGAAGCAUUCCCACUCAUUGAGCUAUAUCAGGAUCAUUUGCUGGCCAUUGGGGAGAUUGGUUUGGAUUUUACUCCCAGAUUUGCCAGCAGUGAUGAACAGAAGGAAGGGCAACGACAAGUCUUGAUAAAACAAAUUCAACUGGCAAAAGAACUUGACUUACCUUUAAAUGUUCAUUCCCGCUCAGCUGGAAGGCCAACAAUUAACCUCUUAAAGGAACAAGGUGCUGAGAAAGUAUUGCUCCAUGCCUUUGAUGGCAAACCAUCUGUAGCAAUGGAAGGAGUGAAGGCUGGAUAUUUUUUCUCUAUCCCUCCUUCAAUUGCAAGGAGUGAACAGAAGCAGAAACUUGUGAAACAGCUACCUCUAGAAAGCAUUUGCUUGGAAACUGACUCACCUGCCCUAGGUCCUGAGAAACAGGUGAGAAAUGAGCCAAAGAAUAUCUUCAUUGCUGCAGAAUACAUUGCUAAAAUAAAAGGAAUUUCAGUGGAAGAUGUUUUACAUGUAACAACACAGAAUUCACUGAAGGUCUUUCCUAAACUGAAAAACUUCCUUAGGAUCUAGAUGAUGUUCUAUAAUAUCUGACAUUAAUUCAGAUUAUUUAAAUAUAUGUAAUUACAUCAAAUGUAUAAUAUUAAAAUAUCUAAUAGAAGAG